AUGCGCGGCCGCGAGCUCCCUCUCGUCCUGCUGGCGCUGGUCCUCUGGCAGGCGCCCCGGGGGCCGGCCGCCCCGGUGUCGGCGGGCUCAGGGACCGUGCUGGACAAGAUGUACCCGCGCGGCAACCACUGGGCGGUGGGGCACUUAAUGGGGAAAAAGAGCACAGGAGAGUCCCCAUAUGUUUAUGAGGGAGCGAGCCUGAUGCAGCAGCUGCAAGAGUACAUGCGGUGGGAAGAAGCUGCAAGGAAUUUGCUAAGUCUCCUAGAAGCAAAGGGGACCAGAAGCCAUCAGUCACCUCCCCCGUCUGCUUGGGAUUACCAGGAUGACAGCAACUUUAAAAUCCUAGGUUCAAAACCUAAAGUUGGUGGACUCUCUGCUCCAGGUUCUCAACGAGAGGGAAGGAACCCCCAGCUGAACUAA